CACUGCAAUAUCUUUCUAUCCCAAACGGAUCGUAUUUCCAACUUCAGGAUUGGCGGGUGACUCAAGCAUUUGUCAGAACUAAGUCCUGCUGCUGUAAGCGCAAACUCUUGGCUUUGACGAUACUUGGGUAUCCAUUUUGGAGAUGGAGCAGCUAAAGGAGCUAGCAAGGAAAACAAGCGCACUGCGCGUUCGGGAUCCGGCUCCACUGAUUUUCCGGUCCAGGUGAACCCCUCCGAGUGGCUCAGCACCCCCGCUGCUUAAGCGUCAUCUCACAGUCUGGCUUUCACUCAAAGACUUUCGAGGCGCCACCAGCCUUGGGUUUAUAAAUGUAAUGGGGAGUGUCAUUGUUACGUCUUGGAGACUCAGAUGAACCUUUACUACUGACUAAGUCAUGAAUAUGGAGUCCUCGAACUCGAGUUCGCCUGCCAGAACUUCUCCUCCAAACUCAAAUUCGAAUUCAAAUCCGAACUCGAAAGAUGGUGGGGAGCGGAAUGGGGUUGUUGAGACUGCGAGGUGGGCUUGUACCAUUUGCAGGGCUAGAAAGGUCAAAUGUGACCGCAUUCUGCCCCAUUGUACGAAUUGUACCAACAAACCUUCUGGAUGCCGAUAUGAGACAGCUAGGAAAAGAGUGGUUCGGCGCUCGGCAUACAAGGACAUGGUCGAUCGCUUGGCCAAGAUGGAAGGUGUGGUGAAGGAUUUUUCCAGAACCAAAUCGUCAACUUCACCAAGUAACAGCCUGGACAACGAAAUUCAUCAGGAUCCAGUCAAUUCAAUAGAAGUUGCAUCUCCAGAACGUCGAGCUUCCGGUUUGGUCUUUGAGGAUAAUGAGAUGGUCAGUAUGUGGGAUCCGCCAAUAUCGAUUAAUGGCUCAUUGGGCUCGACGGAGGCUGAGCCGUUGAAUUAUGCUGAUGAGACGGAGAUGGAAGUUGAAUACACGGGGUCAUUUUGUGUUUUCUCUCCCACAGGAAUUCGGUGGGUGAACAAUUUGGUUGGUGACAACUUGUUUGGACGAGAAGUUUCCACUUUGGCUCUAUCAUCACGGCCUCGAGAUCACUGCGACAAGCGUAUAACAUCUACACAUCCGCUUCCCAGCAGAGACGUAGCGAUCGUUUGUGUUAAUGACUAUUUCUCGGCGUUGAAUCGGGAUAUGCCCAUAUUUGACAAGCAGGAAGUAAUUGAUGGAGUCGAAAGAUUCUACACAACCGGAAUAGCACCAUCUCGAGGCUGGUACGCUGCCAUAAAUGUAAUCUUGGCACAGGUUUUCCGCAUAAAUAGUGAGAGGAAAGAUUCUCCUGAUGCCAAAAAAUACAUGGGAAAUGCGAUGAGUAUGGUUCCAUCGAUCUUAAUGUCAAAACCAAAUCCAUUAAGUGCUGGCGCGUUGCUUUCAAUGGCUCUGUUCUUCUUCUUGGUCGCUGAGAAUCACUCUGCAGUCAUGUUGCUAUCGACAGCUGUUCAACUGAUGGUACUUGGCGGUUACCACACCCCUUGCAAACGAUCGAGGCAAACAGAGCAAUCAAAACUCCGCGAAAGACGACUCUUCUGGCAAGCUUUUAUUUUCGACCAAGAUCUCGCGCUUCGUAUCGGGAAACCACCUAUGAUAGGUCCAGAUUUCACAAUAGAUCUCCCAGAAGAAAGGCCUGCGGAUGGAGUUGGAACUCUGACAUUCGAGGAAAGCGGGGUCACGUUGAAUUGCAUUCGCGAGCAAGUCAUCCUGGCAAAGAUGCAAAGUAAAGUCUACUCGACGCUAUAUUCGAAAGAAGCAAGGCAGAAGUAUGUUCAUGAAGAGAUCCAAUUAAUUUCAGAGCUGGACUCCGAGCUUUGUGCAUGGAAGUCGCGAAUUCCGGAGAUCACCAAAUCUACGAAGGCCCAAUUCUUUGACAAAGAUCCUGGUCUGAUCAAUUUGACCAUCUUGCAUUACGCAUACUACCAGUUGGUCAUUGUGAUCCAUUCGUUCAUCUUCCAGAGUUCCAACUUGGAACAGUUGAGAGACGAUUUUGACCGUAUACAUUCAAGUGUAGCGCUCUGCGUAGGGGCAGCAAGAGCGAGGAUUUCGCUUCUGAACUUCCACGAGGAUAGCCAUAUGUUUUCAUUACACCUCCUCAACAACGUCUCCUGGAGUCUCGACGUAGUAUUCAUCAACAUCCUCCAAAACAAAGGCACUCCCUCCGCACGUGAAGACCUCAACCUCCUCGGCCGCGUCAUCUCCCGCUUCAAGAAAUUCGACCCCGAUUACCGCGACGCAGUCGCAUUCCGCACAGCCAGUCUUUUCCACCAAGUUGCGUACCGCGCUCUGCAGAAUUACGCGAAAUCGCAAAACCCUGCGCCGAAUCAUAUCAAUAGGCCAGACUCGUGGCAUAGAUAUGACGAGCAGAAGACUAUUCCGCCAUAUCCCGAAACGCCAAAUGAACCCGAUAUGCCUGUACCGACGUAUCCCGUGAGACCGGUCAUCGAUCCGGCUCUGCUACCUAGCAUUACCAACAAUGGUUUAAACAUGAAUGGGGAUUUAGAUCCCAUGCAAGACUUCACGCCUGAUUUACCACUGGGAAGUGAUUUCUCGCUUCCUACAGAUGAACAGUUCCUGAAUCUCAUACUGGACAAUCCGAUACCGAUGAGUGUGAAUGGGAGUUUAGGCGAUAAUAGUAGUUUGGCGUGGACGGGACAGCAGCAGAUGGGGCCGGAUGGGCAGUGGAGACUUCCGUUGGGUUUGGAUCCGCAGUAUUGGCAAGGACUUUGGACAGAUUUGCCAGCGGAAGAUGAAUGGAUGCAGUGAUUGGAAAAUGGAAUUGAGGGCUUGGAUGCUUUGGCGUUUACUGAGGGUGGGAGUCGAAUGGAAAAUUUACUUUUGGAAAUUGGGUGUUUUGAGCGGAUGGAGUCUUGGACGUCCUCUCAACUCUGGCGUCUGGGUAUUUGGCUCAAAAAACCUUAACAGUGACUGUAUUUUCAUUAAAUUCAGAGUUCAAAACACAGGACAAAAUACCAUGAACCACUGCGAUAAUUCUCCCUGG